AUGGCCGACUCCAGUUUACCCCACCGUCCCAAACCCGAAGAGACGCCUUCGCCUGCAGAGGGAGCGCCAGCCGCUACAGCAGCUCCCGAAGGUGCUCCUGCGCCCAGCAAGAAUGCCUUGAAGAAAGCUGCAAAGGAAAAGGCCAAGGCUGAGAAGGCCGCCCAGCGCGCCGCCCAGGAAAAAGCCCAGCAGGCGGCCCAAGACGCCGUCGACACCGCCAAGGGACUGUACGGUCGAUUGCCCGACUCCGAGGACCUGGCGCCCGUGACGAAUUUCUCCCAGCUGUCGGGAGAUCUCUACGAGAAGGAAGUGACGGUCGUCGCCCGCGUCGAUAACGCGCGGCAGCAGAGUGCCAAGCUGGCGUUCUUGAUGCUGAGACAGCAAGGGAAGAAGGUGCAGGCGGUCAUUGCGGCGGCGGAGCCGAUUUCGAGGCAGAUGGUCAAAUGGGCCGGCGGUAUCAACGUCAAUUCCAUCGUCCAGGUCACCGGCAUCGUGAAGAAACCCAACGUUCCGAUCGUCUCCGCAACCCUGAGCGAGCUCGAGAUCCACAUCCGCAAGAUCUACCUCAUCGCCGAGGCAGCCCAGCAACUGCCGAUGCAGGUCAAGGAUGCGGAGAGACCCCCGCCCCUCAGCGAUAUCGUUGAGGACGGCACUCAGGUUGACGCCGAGGGUGCUCCUAUCGUCACGUUGAAAACCCGCCUGGACAACCGCGUCCUCGAUCUGCAGACCGAAACCAGCCAGGCCAUCACAUGGAUAUCGAGCGGCGUUGCGGAAUUGUUUACUGAGUACAUGCUGAAGAGCGGCGCGCGGUGGAUCUUUACGUCCAAGCUGACUGGGUCCUCGUCCGAAGGAGGCAGCGAGGUUUUUGAAAUCAAGUACUUCAAGAGGAAGGCCUACCUGGCUCAGAGUCCUCAGCUCUACAAGCAGAUGUGUAUUGCCGGUGAUAUGGAGAGUGUCUUUGAAGUCGGCCCCGUCUUCCGGGCAGAAGACAGCAACACCCACAGGCAUCUGACGGAGUUCACCGGUCUCGACUUCGAGAAGACAUUCCGUCACCACUACCACGAAGUUCUGGAAUUUGCCGAGCAGCUUCUUGUGUUCAUCCUGACUCAGCUGAAAGAACGCUACAAGGACCAGAUUGCCAUUAUUCAGAAGUCGUAUCCCAAGGCUGGUGACUUUAAACUUCCCAAGGAUGGCAAAGCUCUUCGAUUGAAGUACAUGGACGCCAUUGCGCUGCUGAAGGAGGCCGGCGUCGACGUGUCCGAGCAGGAACGAUUCGAAAACGACCUGACCACUGCGAUGGAGAAGCAGCUGGGGCAGAUCAUCCGGGAGAAGUACGACACCGAUUUCUAUGUGCUCGACAAGUUCCCGAUGGCUGUUCGGCCGUUCUACACCAAGGCGGAUCCCGAGGACCCGCGAUUCUCGAACUCGUAUGACUUUUUCAUGCGUGGAGAGGAAAUCAUGUCUGGCGCUCAGCGAAUCAACGACGCGAAAGAGCUAGAAGAGAGCAUGAUCGCCAAGGGAGUUGACCCGAAGUCGGAGGGCUUUGAGGACUAUCUGGCAGCUUUCCGUCAGGGCUGCCCGCCUCACGCAGGCGGUGGUUUGGUUGAUGGUUAUGAUUUGUUAAAUGCGAUUAGGAGAAAGAAGACUAUAUGUAUUUGGCGGACUCUUCCCGAGAGAUUCCCGGCGUCAUCCCCCCAUUCAAUUUUGAAAAAGGCAGAAAUGCCUGAAAAGCGCAAAACCCCCUCGUCAUCGGAUCCCGGAAACGACUCGCCGUAUGCCAAGAGGUCGCGCCCGCAGACCCUCUACGCCGAUGCCGCUGCCGCUGUCGAUGAUGUCGAUGCAGAUGUCGAUGGGGAUGACGAUGACCAAGAAGAAGGAGUAGGAGUAGGAGGAAGAGGAGGAGGAGGGCUGCUAGCGUCGAGCUUGAAGUAUGCUCGCGUGCGCCCUCGCAGCGACCCUGUCUACGGCCAGAAGAGCGCGUUUCCGGGCCUGGACGAUGCGAAUGCUGCGGAUGAGCUGUUCUAUGGGCCGGCGGAAGAUGGGUUGGAGUAUCUUCGAAUGGUUCGGACGGACGGUUUUCCUAAUACUUUGAUUUAUUUAUUUAGAUCGGAGGCCAAUUCUCUGCCUACUCUGUUCGUUGCGCCGAAACCUACGACUACAGAGGCUGCCAUUUCUAAGGAGGUAGCUAGAACAGGCGGCGGUGCCGCCGACGAGGAGGGGGAGUUGCAAAGGGAAGAACAAGAACCGAGUGGUUAUUAUCACGAUGGAGUCUACAUGGCCGGGAUACCGGGAGGAGAAGAGGUCGACGACGAAGAAGACGAAGGAGGGGGAGAGGUAGAAGGCGAAGAAGAGGAGGAUGCGCAAGCGUCCUACUACAACCUCCUGCGGCAUCGGUUCCUCCUCCUCCGGUCUACCCUGAGAUGCUCGCCACCGGCUUCCGCGAUCGCCGCCCUCGACGAUUCCCACCCGAUCAGUCUGCCGUAUAGCGUGAAGUCGGCGCGCUCGGAGUGGCGCCGUCUCCUGAUCACGACCGAUCCGCAGAUGGUGCAGCUGGCCUGCAUGGACAUGAACAGCGUGUUUGGCGCGCUCAAGAUCGUGGCGCGAAUGCUGUCAGAUAGUGUCAAAACGAGGGAUGCGAUGAGGAUACGGAGGAUUGGGGCGUGGGCUUGGGGGUUGUUGGGGCGAUGUCGCGACGUGGGGCAGCUGGCAAGCGAGGAAGUCAGCGAACUUCGUGACCUCGGGAAGCGGGCUGUCAAGAUAUUGUCGAAGCUGAGAGAAGAGGAGAGCGCGAAGAGGGUUGGUGAUGAUCGUGAUGAGCAUCGCCGGGGAGAAGGGGAUUCUGACUCUGACGAGGGACAGACAAGAGUCCAGGCCGAGAAAGAGACCGGAGUCGUCAGGGAACCACCUUCCGACAGCAUCUCUCCUCAAGCCGAUCAACAGCCGGUAGUAGAGACGACAGAAGCGACGCAAACGUCUCACAAUUCAUCGUCCGCUCCCGCUGCAGAAUCAACAGCACCAGCAUCAGAGCAACCAGAAGGCGCAGACGCAGACGCAGACCUAGAAGCAGCAAAGGCCCGACUCCAAGCGCGACUGCUCCAGGUGAGCCCAACAACAGAGGACUCGCGAGAGAAAUCGACCUCUUUUUCCGUCGAAGGAGAAGAAGAAGAUGAGAGACAGUCCAGAGCAUCCAAAUCUAGUCUCGACCUCGACGACGCCGCUAAACACACGCGCGCAAUGCUCGACAUGAUCAUCACCAUUGUGGGCGAGUUCUACGGGCAGCGCGAUCUUUUAGAUGCGCGGGAUGUAUGGUGA